GGGGGGAGGCGCUGCCUGAGGCCUCGUCCCACGUCACUGAGGACGACGGCGACCCCCGGCUGAGCACCACACAGGUCACCGUCCGACCCCCCGUCCCUGCCUCGUUCCUCCACGUCGAGUCCCUGGACCCUCCCAGUACCUCCCAGUAUCCCCCAGUGCCUCCCAGUGCCUCCCAGUUACCUCCCAUUCCGCUCCCAGUCUCCCCUGUCAUCCUCCUAACUCCCAGUAUCCCCCAGUGCCUCCCAGUUACCUCCCAUUCCGCUCCCAGUCUCCCCUGUCAUCCUCCUAACUCCCAGUAUCCCCCAGUAUCCCCCAGUGCCUCCCAGUUACCUCACAGUCCCCUCCCAUUACCCUCCCAGUCUCCCCUGUCAUCCUCCUACCUCCCAGUAUCCCCCAGUUCCUCCCAGUUAUCUCCCAGUCCCCUCCCAGUCCCCUCCCAGUAUCUGCAUGCAAUCCUCUGCCAUCCCAGUGCCUCCCAGUAUCCCCCAGUAUCUUCCAGUGCCUCCCAGUUACCUCCCAGUCCCCUCCCAGUUUCCCCCAUGCCAUCCUCUGCCCUCCCAGUACCUCCCAGUAUCCCCCAGUACCUCCCAGUAUCUCCCAGUCCCUCCCAGUAUCCCCAACCCCACCCCCAUGAAGACCUCAGGCCCUCCCAGUACCUCCCAGUACCUCCCAGUACCUCCCAGUACAUCCCAGUGCCACCCACUGAGCCCAGUCCAAUCCCCACAAAGUCCUCCAACCUUCCCAGUACUCCCAGUAUCCCCAGUAUCCCCCAUCCCCCCAUCCCUGCACCUCCGGGGAGGGGGUUGAGGGCCCUCCCAGUGCCUCCCAGUUUGACCAGUGCUCCCAGUUCCCCCCGAGCCGCCCACCAUCGAGGGCUUGGAGUCGCCUCAGGUGAAGCUGGGGGAGACACUGAGACUGCAGUGCGUGGCCAGGGGGGGCAACCCGCCGCCCAGUUUGCACUGGGAGAAGGUACUGGGAGCACUGGGAGGGCUGGGAGGGGGAACUGGGAGCACUGGGAGGGCUGGGAAGGGGA